ACCCAUCCCAGUUGCUGCUGCCUCACCAUCGGCCUGCCCUCUUUCCAUCCCUCCUUUUAUCGGUUUCAUCCGUUCCUCGGUCGCUGCCCUCUCCUAGCGUUUCCCUCGGAUUUUUCUCGAAUUUUUCGCUCGCCUUCCCCAGUCUUCCUCUCCAAUUUUUUUUCCCUGUCGCUCUCGUGACACGGUCGCGUUCCUACUCCUGACUUUUUUUCCCUGCCUUUUUUUCCUGCGCUUAUGGUCUAAGUGGUGCCACGUACUCCCCGGGACUGGCCACCGCUCGCGAUCGCCCCGGUUCAUCGAUUGACCGACCUUGGCGGGCCGACCACUGUACCACCUAUCACCGUGGCCCCCAUCCCCAGACCUUCCCCCCCCAGUGGCCGAGUAACCGGGCAAUGGGGGAUGCCUCCUCUGUCGGCUUACACUCCUUUUGAAUCCCUCCUCUUUUUCCAGUCGCUUGCCGCCCUAGACGCCCGGCCGGCCAAUUUCGCUUCGAUCUCCGACGGCCUCCGCAACAACCGAUUCGUGCGCGAAAAUGUCGCCUUCGAUGCGGGCCGACUCGCCCCCGAAGCUUUGGAGGAUCUGUACACGACCUUGACCCGAGAUGGCAUCGAUGGCGUGGCGAACGUCUCGUCCAAUCAGCCGAACGGACGCCAUGAAGAAAGCCCGAGCGCUCACAAUGCGAAGAAGCGCAAGAUCUCCAGUCCCAAACCGGACGGGUUGGUGGAUAAGGGAGUGAUAGGCCAUGCCGGUAUCCUUCCCGAAAUCGUCUCUCAUUUAUACGCGCGAUAUCGGGAGCUUGUCACGAAAGAGAUUAAAAACGAGGAGAAGAAAUACAAUGAAAUUCGAGAUGAACUGGAGCGUCUCAAGCAAGAGCGCGAAACGGUCCCGGAGCCGAUGCCGACGCCUGUCGCCGUUCCGAAACCCACGCCCGAGAUUCCCGCGGCGAAGCACCAUCCUGCUCCCGAUCCGAUGGAUGUAGAUACCCAGGACGAGAAAUCCACUCACCAACCGCGUCCGGACGUCGCCCAGAACUCUAGUGCACCGAAGCCGAGUCCAGAGCUUAAGCAACCAACACAGGAACCCCAUCGCAAGGAGGUAGAGACUCCCAAGCAGCCGACACCGAUCACUCCGCGACCAGCGGCACAGCAAAAGCCGCAGAAGCAAUUGCAGCCAAUAAUCCCGCCGCCGUCACCAGCGCCGCCAGUCAAACAGUCCCCGACGGAGCAACCUAAAAAGACACCCACGCAGCCGUCACCCUUGAAACCACAUCAGCAACAACCGCCUCUUUUCCCUCAGCCUACUCCACCAAACCAUUCAGCGCAAACAUUCCAGGUGCAGCCACCCAAUGGGCAACCCUCUCCAGCAUCUCAACCGCCUAUUCUGGCCCCUCGCGAUAUACCUACGCCCCAGGCACCGACGACCAAACCACCCCUUCCACCACAAGUUCCGUCACAUUCUCCACCGGGGCCUCCUGCUGGUGCUGUGCCCACCCCUGCAUCGACAGCCGUGCAGCCGCCACCUAUUGCGAAGCCCCCGCUUCCGUCACCGACUCCGAAAAAGACACCACAGCCGGCCAAGGCUGCUGGAAAGGAAACCUCUUCGACUCCGGCGCCCAAGACGACCCAGCCUCCUACUUUGCAACCAACCAUCCAACAAUGGUCAUUGAAUCAACCUCCUCAAACCCCGCAUCCUCCUUCGCACCAGAAAGCCGAGCUUUUGGGUCAGGCUCCUGCUGGAAAGCCCCUCCCACCCCCUUCAUCGCAGCAAACGCCGAAACCUCAGCCUAAAAAGCUUUCUAACGCUACGCCAUCCGCCAGCGUUCCAUCGACUCCCUUGCCUGUAUCUGCAGCCGUCAAACCGCCAGCACCCGGUGGUUACGGGGGCUAUGAAACCCCGGUCGCAGCAGCUCAUGCUCUAUUGCAGUCACAGCCACGGUCAUCGCUUCCUCGACUAUCCAUCGACACUUCAGGGUCUGUUACACCGUGGAAGAAAGCUCCUCGUCUAACCCUUCCACAUUCUCCUCGAUCACCGGAUCGACCACGACCGGAAGAUGUGAGUCCUAUCAGUGAGAAAGCUCCAUCUUUGAUGGGCUCCCGGGAGGCCACGCCAGAAGAACCUGAGCCCCCACGGCGUAAGCGUCGUUAUGAAGCAAAGGGGUCCUCUCGCGGCCGAGAACCUAGCCCACCCGCCAGUGAUGCCGAUAGCAAAAGCGGACCGAGAAGCAAAUCCGAAAAAUCAUCGUUCUCCGUGAACAAGAGACGCGAUCAGAGUACGGCUUCCUCAAGGAGUCGCGGACGGUCUGUGUUGUCGCGCGAGGACGAAGCGGCGGCCGAUCCCCCGGGAAGAAUCAAGCGCGAAAUGCCCAGUACUCCGUCGGGCGUGCCGGAUGUGGCUGAAGCCGAACACCGUACCUCGGGAAUUCGUAAAAGCGUUGCUGCUGCUCCAGAAGAACAACGUCCGGGCAGGGGCAGACCGAAGCGGAAACGCGCCCCGAGCGAGGCGUUUGAGAGCGAGCCCCCGCAGCCGGAAAUCAGCCAACUCAGUCGCAUUGAUCCUAAUCAGUCGACGUCUUAUGUUCUUUGCGCCCGCAGUUUCCCAAAGACCGGCCAAGCCAUCAUGAACAACGUGACGACCCACAAGCAUGCGUCAGUCUUCAGCAAACCGUUGACAGAACGCGAUGCCCCCGGAUACCGAGAUCUCAUCUAUCGGCCCCAAGAUUUGAAAAGCAUCAAGUCUUCCAUCACGCAGGGUAGCAAAGCUCUGGCUGCCGCGACCGAAGCCGUCAGCACGCCCGUGGCCGAUGGCGAAUCCCCGAUCCCCACGUCCGGCACCCCGUCGAAGAACUCCGUGCUCAUGCUGCAGAAAAGCGAGGACGUCAUCCCGCCCAAGGGCAUCGUCAACUCCGCCCAGCUCGAGAAAGAGCUCAUCCGCAUGUUCUCCAACGCGACGAUGUUCAACCCCAUCCCGCAGCGUGGAUUCGGCCCCGCGUUCCCCAUGAUCCCCGACGGCGAAUCUCGCGAAAGCACGAUCGUACCCGAACCCGACGAGGGUGGCAUCAUCAAAGCGACCCACGAGAUGUUCGAGGAUGUCGAGAAAGCUGUCACGGGUUGGCGUCAGGCUGAGCGCACUUCGGAUGAGAUGGCGAGUAAGAGCAUCCUGUCGCUUCGACGAGGGAGCGCUAGUGAUUUCAACACAGACAGUGCCGAUGAAGUUAAGGGGUCGUGAGAGUUCUUUUGCAGGACAGGACUCAUUUUUGACGAAUCAGGAUCAUUGCAUGUAUUAAUAGUAUUACUUCCAUGUUCCGGGAAUGAAUCCCUCUGGAUUUUCCUGGUAUGAGAUAUUUAAUUUUCUGGGAUCAAGACGCAGUCGCCAGUUAACGAGAGCAAGUAGAUGUACG